AUUUUGUGCCCCCACUGGGACCUAGACAUCCUAGAGCAGAAAUGUUGGUUUUCCUGGCCUGCAUUAAAUGGCUGGUAUAAUAGGGACAGAGCAGGAGAUGAUGGAGUGCAGGGAGACAGCAAAUUAAAUAAGGAGAUAGAGAAGGCAAUACGAUCUCAUUAGAGCAGGGUCAAGUGAAAGUGGAAAGUGUUGCAAGUCAAAUAGUGCAUGGCUGUAUAGGGAUCAGUCUAUCUCCAGUCACUCUUAUUCAAGCAAAUGGGUUGAUAUCUGUCACACAGCUGAUUACUUCCUCAUUCAUACAAGGCUUUAUUUUAGGAUUUUGAGUGUUUUUGUGUGAGGUUCACUGACCUGUUCCCACUGUGUUGUCAAUUAGCAGUGCUUCAUUGUUGAAUGUUUCAAAUUGUCUGAAAUAUGUUUAUGAGCACUGCUGGAAAAAAAAAAAGUUUACCCGUCCUAUCCCCAGAGUGGGCUACCCUCAAAAUACAAUCCUGGAUGAAGGAAGAGCCCACCCAUUCUGUCAUGGAACCUGGUGUGUAGGGACUACUGGAAGAUUCCUCUGCAACACAUCUGCUUCAUGACUGGGUGGAUUGUGGGAUAUGUCCUCCUGGGCACAUUGUGUGACUGGUUGGGUCGUCGACAGGGCUUUCUGCUGUCCGUCUCUCUGUCGGGCCUGUUGGGUGUAGCUGUGUGUCUGUCCAACAGUUCUGUAGUAUUUCUGCUGCUGCGCCUGUCUCAGGGCGCCAUGUUGGCGGGGGUCUUCCUUUCCUCUUACCUCGCCAGACUGGAGCUGUGUGAUCCUCCCCAUCGUCUCAUGGUUGCCAUGGUCAGUGGCUUCUUCGCUGUCGCUGCGGAGCUGCUGUUGCCAGGGCUGGCGGUGCUGUGUCGUGACUGGCCCGUUCUGCAAGCGGUGGCCACUCUGCCACUUCUCACUCUGCUCUCCUACUGGUGCUGUGUGUCAGUGUUCCCUGAGUCUCCCCGCUGGCUCCUGGCCACAGGUCAGAUCCACCAGGCAAAGCGGUGUCUCCAGAGCUUCUCCAUAAGGAAUGGAGUGUGCCUCAGUGAGGACAUCUACCCUGCUGAGAACCUGCUCUCAGAGAUAGACAUGGCGUACCCAGAUGACACACAGCCUCACUAUCAUUCGGUCCUGGAGUUGCGUUCUACCCGUGUGAUCUGGAGGAACUGCCUCAUUCUUAGCUUUACUUUGUUCAUAGGAACAGGGAUUCAGUACUGUUUCACCAGGAACCUUCACCGAUAUUCCCGCAACUUCUACUUCAGCUACUUCCUGCGCGUGCUGACUGGAGCCUUGGCGUGCAUCUUUAUCUGCCUGUCUGUCAACCGCUUUGGUCGCCGUGGUAUCCUGCUGCUGUCUGCCAUUAUCACCGGCCUUUCCUCCCUGCUGCUGUUGGCUCUCACCCAGUAUCUGCACGGAGGACUGGUGUUGGUGCUGUCUGUCCUGGGACUCCUCUUCUCCCAGGCCCUGGCCAUGCUCACUGUGUUUUUCUCCAGUGAGGUCAUGCCCACUGUAGUCCGUGGUGGCUGUCUGGGUCUGGUUCUGGCUGCUGGGUGUGUGGGCAUGGCUGCUUCGUCUCUGAUGGAGCUCCAGAACAACGGUGGUUACUUCCUCCACCAUGUCGUCUUCGCCUCCUUUGCGGUCCUCUCAGUUCUGUCCAUCAUGCUGCUGCCGGAGAGCAAGCGCAAGCCGUUGCCAGACUCCCUGAAGGACGGCGAGAACCAGCGACGGCCCCCUCUCUUCCUGUCUCGUGGGGAUGACCUGCCACUGCUCUGCACUCGACACAGAGCCUCAGACUAUGACCCUGAGAACUACUCACGCCUGGCCUCAGCCACCAGGAAGAUGCUCAGCAAAGACUCUUCCCCCUAUAAGGUCGCUGUGCCCGCCCACUUGCCGUUGUUGCCUUCUGACGGGAGCGCCCUCAGCAUCCUGAAGGAAGAGGCUCUGGAUGGGGACUUGUCCUAGUACCUCUGGCCAUCCUCCUAACCCCGAGAGACUUUGCCUGUCAUCACUUCCACUGGCAGUAUCUCCGGCCUAUCUGUGCUGGUUCCCUCAACCCAGACUGAGGAACUGGGACACGGACGCCGGUCUCUGAACCCUGGGUCUCCUGUAAUUGUGGUAGAGAUCAUCAGAGUUCGAUGAGGGUUUACUGACGUUUUAGUUGUUGUGCCAAGUGCCUAUACAGUUACCUUAAAUUAUUGGCCCCCUUGAUUAAGACUAAUAAAGAAACGUUGUCUAAAAUAAGAGGACAUUUUUUUUGGAGGUUAUAUUGUUUUAUACUAAUUGUGUUGCUUAGAAAAGGACGUUAUGUUUAAAAUGCAAUCUUUUUUUAUGAAAUUAUAAAUACGUGCUCCCAUAUUCUCUUGCUGUUAUGGUGUUUUGACAU